AUGACGGUGGUGGCGGGAGAUAAUAUGGACGAGACGUCCACACUGCCGGGGCAUCCGCAGGAUACGUACCCCCCCGACCACGGCGACCACGACUGCUGCGAGCGGGUGGUCAUCAACAUAUCCGGGCUGCGUUUUGAGACCCAGCUCAAAACCCUCGCGCAGUUCCCAGAGACUCUCCUUGGCAACCCGAAAAAGAGGAUGCGCUAUUUCGAUCCUCUGAGGAACGAGUAUUUUUUUGAUCGGAAUCGCCCUAGUUUUGACGCAAUACUGUACUAUUACCAGUCUGGGGGCAGAUUGAGACGGCCGGUCAACGUGCCCUUGGACAUGUUCUCGGAGGAGAUAAAGUUUUACGAACUCGGGGCGGAGGCCAUGGAGAAAUUUCGGGAGGACGAGGGCUUCAUCCGGGAGGAGGAACGGCCCCUGCCGGAGAAAGAGUUCCAACGCCAAAUCUGGCUCCUGUUUGAGCACCCAGAGAGUUCGGGGCCCGCGCGGGGGAUCGCCAUCGUGUCCGUCAUGGUCAUCCUCAUCUCCAUCGUCAUCUUCUGCCUGGAGACGCUCCCCGAGCUGAAGGAAGACCCGGGCGACCGGAUCCGGAUCGUGGGGAACACCACGGUGUACUACAAGCCCAACAUCCUCACGGACCCCUUUUUCGUGGUGGAGACCCUCUGCAUCAUCUGGUUCUCCUUCGAGUUGAUUGUGCGGUUCUUUGCCUGCCCGAGCAAGGCGGCGUUCUUCAAGAACAUGAUGAACUCCAUCGACAUCGUGGCCAUCAUCCCGUACUUCAUCACGCUGGGCACGGAGCUGGCGGACGACCCCGACAGCAACGAGGGGAAGGGUGGCGGCGAGCAGGCCACCUCGCUGGCCAUCCUCAGGGUGAUCCGCCUGGUCAGGGUCUUCAGGAUCUUCAAGCUGUCCCGCCACUCCAAGGGGCUCCAGAUCCUGGGCCAGACGCUGAAGGCCAGCAUGCGCGAGCUGGGCCUGCUCAUCUUCUUCCUGUUCAUCGGCGUCAUCCUCUUCUCGAGCGCCGUGUACUUCGCCGAGGCGGAGGAGAAGGAGUCCUUCUUCACCAGCAUCCCCGACGCCUUCUGGUGGGCCGUGGUGUCCAUGACGACAGUGGGCUACGGCGACAUGUACCCCGUGACCAUCGGCGGCAAGAUCGUGGGCUCGCUGUGCGCCAUCGCCGGCGUGCUCACCAUCGCGCUGCCCGUGCCGGUCAUCGUGUCCAACUUCAACUACUUCUACCACCGCGAGACGGAGGGCGAGGAGCAGGCGCAGCUGCUGAACGUCAGCAACCAGAACCUGGCCUCGGAGGACGGCUCCAGCCGCCGCAGCUCCUCCAUCGCCAGCAAGUCGGAGUACAUGGAGAUCAACGAGGACAUCAACAACAGCAUCGAUAACUUUAGGGAGGCCAACCUCAGGACUGCCAACUGCACCGCGCCCAGCCAGAACUGUGUCAACAAGGGCAAGCUACUGACGGAUGUAUAGUGCGACGGAGUUUGGUAGUGUCGGGGU